AUGUCAGAAAGCCAAGAAGUCCCAAUUGCCACAGACUCGGAGGCAAACACGUACAUCAUCGUUCUACGUGACGGGGUAUCGACGUCGUCAUUCCUAAGAUCACAGGAAGAACAAGUCAACGCAUUCUCUGCUUCCUCCGUCCAUGUGUUUGAGCACGUCCUGAAUGGGUUUACCGGAAGUUUUUCUGAAAGCCAUAUUGAAAGUAUAAAGGCCCACUCAGACGUCAAAUACGUGGAAGCCGAUGCCAAAUGUUAUGCAUAUGGACAUCAAUCCGACGCAACAUGGAAUUUAGCAAGAUUGAGUCGGAUCGCCCCACUUGAGAAAGUCGAACCCAAGUAUCACUACUACUAUGAUACCCCAGCCGGUAGAGGUGUAGAUAUCUACAUUGUUGGUGAGCAGCCUGAUACAAACCUUUUUGAGCAGAUACAUGGUAUUGACGUAUCUGAAACAGACACGGGGAUUGAUACAUCUCAUCCAUCCUUUGAGAAUCGCGCAUCUUGGGGAAUAACCCUUACAGGAAAGCCCAACGUAGAUACCGAUGGUCAUGGUACGCACGUCGCAGGGAUAGCAAUGUCGAAGCAAUACGGCGUUGCCAAAGAGGCAAACGCCAUAGCCGUAAAGGUCCUGGAAAAUAAAGAUUCCCGCACCACUUUACUUGUCAAGGUGUUAGACUGGAUACUUAUCAAUGUCAAAUUUACCAAACGUCCAAGUAUAGUCAACAUGAGCAUUGGAGGUGAUGCAAGUCAAGCACUUGACGAUUCUGUCAAAAAGCUGUUUGACACAAAGAUAUCUGUUGUAGCCGCAGCUGGAAAUGAUAACAAGGAUGCAAAAUUCGUUAGCCCUGCUCGCUCUCCCUUUGCAAUAACCGUUGGUGCAACUACCUUCCGUGAUAAACGGUACAAACAUUCAAACUACGGGAGUGUAGUCAAUGUAUUUGCCCCUGGUAACCAUGAUCUUAUACCUACUUGA